ACCAAGCUCACAGAGCCUCAUCGCAUUCCUCUCACUUCUUCACCAGCAACAUCCAAAGCGAAGAACAAGAAUCGAAACCCGCGUUUUGCCUUAUCGAUCAGCUAUCAAUGGGGGCGAAGAACUUCAAGUACGUGAUCCUCGGCGGCGGUGUCUCAGCUGGAUAUGCAGCUCGGGAGUUUGCCAAACAGGGCCUUAAGCCAGGCGAACUAGCGGUCAUUUCCAAAGAGGCGGUUGCUCCCUAUGAACGUCCUGCACUCAGCAAGGCUUAUAUCUUCCCCGAGUCUCCUGCUAGACUUCCUGGGUUUCAUGUCUGCGUUGGAAGUGGAGGAGAGAGAUUGCUUCCUGACUGGUACAAGGAGAAAGGGAUAGAAUUGAUUCUCAACACUGAAAUAGUUAAAGCCGAUCUUCCUGGGAAGACUCUUGUCAGUGGAUCUGGGGAAUCCUUCAAGUACCAGACUCUCGUCAUUGCCACUGGCUCAUCUGUUAUAAGAUUGACAGAUUUUGGUGUCAAAGGAGCUGAUGCCAAAAACAUCUUCUAUUUGAGAGAAAUUGAUGAUGCCGAUAAACUCUACGAAGCAAUUAAGUCAAAAAAGAAUGGGAAGGCUGUGAUUGUUGGAGGAGGGUACAUUGGUCUCGAGCUUGGUGCAGUUUUGAAAAUUAACAAUUUAGAUGUUAAAAUGGUCUACCCUGAACCAUGGUGCAUGCCUCGACUUUUCACUUCUGGUAUUGCUGCUUUUUAUGAGGGCUAUUAUCAAAACAAAGGAGUUAAAAUCAUCAAGGGAACAGUUGCGACUGGAUUUACUGCUGACUCAAAUGGAGAGGUCAAGGAAGUGCACCUAAAGGAUGGCACCGUGCUUGAAGCUGACAUCGUUGUUGUUGGUGUUGGGGGCCGGCCCCUGACAACAUUGUUCAAGGGACAAGUCGAAGAGGAGAAAGGCGGCAUUAAGACGGAUGCAUUCUUCAAAACAAGUGUUCCGGAUGUAUAUGCUGUUGGCGAUGUCGCCACUUUUCCUUUGAAGUUGUACAAUGAGAUUAGAAGAGUUGAGCAUGUCGAUCAUGCACGCAAAUCUGCUGAGCAGGCUGUAAAGGCCAUCAAGGCAAGCGAGGAGGGGAAGACAGUUGAGGAAUACGACUACCUUCCAUACUUCUAUUCGCGCUCCUUCGAUCUUUCAUGGCAAUUCUACGGUGACAAUGUUGGUGAAACCGUGCUCUUUGGAGACAGUAAUCCCGCGACACCAAAGGCGAAGUUUGGAACAUACUGGAUUAAAGACGGGAAGGUGAUCGGAGCAUUUCUGGAAGGCGGCACACCCGAGGAAAACCAGGCUAUUGCCAAGGUUGCAAAGGCCCAACCUCCGGUUGCGAGUUUAGAUCAGCUUGCUGCGGAAGGUCUCUCUUUCGCUUGUAAGAUCUAAACCUUCAUGUGGUUGGAAAAAUAAAUGGUUUUGUUGUUUGUGAGUGAUAGCUUUUGCUUUGGUUUUCAUCGGGUGGUUUCCAUAUUGUAAUUUGGGAUUUUAGUUGCAUGAAUUUCUUAUCGUUCAAAGUUUACAUAGGUUCUUGUUAUUUGUAGUUGUUAAAAGAGUGUUAAGAAUUUUUGACAAAAAUAAAAUACAAUAUAUAACGAAUGGUUAUUGCA